AUGAUUCACGAUGAUGUUCCCUGUCCAGACAGUGGCAAUCCAUCUACCUGGCGACAAGCUCAAUUGAUGACCCGGGUAGGAGCCUACAAAGUUAUGGACAAGGUGUACCAGAUUCGUGGAUUCGAUCUGGCGGUGAUGACCAUCAUUGAAGCACCCGAAGGUCUUAUCGUAUUUGACCCCCUUGGCACCAAAGCAACGCCCAAAAAGGCAUUUGACUUCUAUUUGAAGGAGGUUGGAUCGAACACGGGCGCCAAUCUGACACUAGCUGCUGUGUAG